UUUGAAUGGUCAACGCGCUAAUGACAUCCAGCCCUUAUGGUUAAUGGAACCGAAAGAUGUGUCACAAGAACAGCAUAAUGAGUUCUAUAGAUUCAUUGCAAACACUUUUGAUACACCACGUUUCGUAUUGCAUUACAAGACUGAUGUGCCACUCAGCAUUCGUGCUUUGCUCUACUUCCCCGAAGGUAAACCUGGUUUAUUCGAUAUGACACGUGACGCUAAUGUGGGUGUGGCUUUAUAUACGCGAAAGGUUUUAAUACAAUCUAAAACAGAAAAUCUGGUGCCCAAAUGGCUACGAUUUAUUAAAGGCGUUGUGGACUCCGAAGAUAUACCUUUAAAUUUAAGUCGCGAACUUCUUCAGAAUAGCGCUUUGAUCAAAAAGCUGUCUAAUGUGCUAGCAACUCGUGUGCUCCGUUUCCUACAGGAACGUGCGAAAAAGCAACCUGAAGAGUAUACUGCUUUUUAUAAGGAUUACGGCCUAUUCCUCAAGGAAGGCAUUGUUACGUCAAACGAUCACAAUGAAAAGGAAGGCAUUGCCAAGCUUUUGCGUUUCGAUUCGUCAAAGAAUGCGGACGGCAAUCGUAUAUCCCUUUCAGAUUAUUGCACAAAUGUUGGUGAACAAAAGGAUAUCUACUAUUUAGCUGCGCCAAAUCGCGUGCUCGCUGAAUCGUCUCCUUAUUAUGAAAGCUUGAAGAAACGGGGCGUUGAAGUGUUAUUCUGUUACGAACCCUAUGAUGAGCUUGUCCUCAUGCAAUUGGGUACAUUCCAAGGUAAAAAACUAGUAUCUGUUGAAAAGGAGAUGCGUGAGGAUGAUGCGGGUGAAAAGGUAACAGACUACGGCGAAGGCAGUUUAUUACGCUCGCAGAUCGACGAACUCUUGCCCUGGAUACGAGAGAAACUUAGUGGCAAGGUGGUGAAUGUUAAGGUCACAACUCGCCUUGACACACAUCCUUGUGUGAUUACAGUAGAAGAAAUGGCGGCUGCGCGACAUUUCAUUCGCACACAGAGCCAUCAAUUGCCCGAGGAGAAUCGUUUUGCUUUAUUGCAGCCGCAAUUAGAGAUAAAUCCUAAGCACGAAAUUAUUAAGAAAUUGAAUAAGCUGCGCACAAGUGAUCCUGAGCUUGCGGAGUUGGUUACACAACAGCUUUUCGCGAACGCUAUAGUCGGCGCUGGGCUCGCCGAGGAUCCACGUACGCUUCUGCUGACAAUGAAUGAAUUGUUGACAAAAGCUUUGGAGAAACAUUAGAAAACUGUUAUAAUAAUUAAAUUAGUUUUAUGUAUGAUUUUUUAAUUGAGCAAAAUUACUACCGUUUUCCGUUCUGUGUGUGAAUGUACAAAGACAAGAAAUACUUAACCUAAUACUACACAAAUUAUUUUAAUUGUGAAAAUGAAUAAAAAGAAAUGUUACAAAAAUA